AUGGUGAAGCGGUUCGCAGACUUGACGACGCUGGCGAGCAGAUGGGAGAAUGUGCGCUCACUUCGGGAGCGCUGUGCCAAGGGCCAUGCCCUCAUGAGGGCAACGGCUGAUGGCUGUGUACAAUGCAUGGGCACGCUGAAGGAUUGUGCGGAGAACAAUGAAGUUCUCAAGGUCAUUGUGGGCCUCAUGUUAGAGUCGCUGACAAUCGACUCUAAUGGAAUAGACAUGAUUGUCGAUCAAUGCACAGCCUUCUUGGAACUUGCCCACUACCCAGACAAAGCUCGCCUUGGAGCCAUCGCUGUCAGAGAUGCCUGGGGCAUCAAAAGAUGCCUCACGACGCUGCGAAGGAAGUGGGGUCGCUAUGAGAGCCCCAAGGAUCCCAGAGUUCGUGAGCUCGUGGACAUGUAUGAGAACAUUGUCCGGGCAGCCUUGGCUGCGGGUAUCAAUAUUCCCCGACGUAUCGCCAGUGAUGAUGAUGUGGGCAGUGCUGUGGCUGCUACGGACGAUGCCUACCCAGCUGCAGGGCCCGAGGAGUCCUCUGGUGACUCUGAGCCACCACCCCUGGAGUUUGUUUCUGAUGACUCAGGUCCCUCCACGAUUAUGUUGGGGCUUGGAGAUGAACAUGCUGACACAGAAGGUGCGCUGCAUGAGGCUGCAGCGGACAACGACUCCGCAGACGAUGCUGACCCCCUGCAAUCUCUUUUGGAUGAACUGUCAGAUGAUCUUGAAGCUGAUUUAUUGGGGGAUAAAGCGUCUGUUGAGCCCACAGCAGAGUGCAGUGAGCCCAGUGCAGGCUCGUGUGGGACAGCAUUGUUGGAGCCCAGUGCCGAGUCGUCUAGGACAGCAGUCUUGGAGCCCAGUGCUGAGUCACCGUGUGGGACAGCAGUCUUUGAGCCCAAAGCCGAGUCGUGUGGAACAGCAAUGUUGGAGCCCAAAGCCGAGUCGUGUGUGACAGCAGUCUUGGAGCCCAAGGCUGAGUCGUGUGGGACAGCAGUGUGUGAGCCCAAAGCCGAGUCGUCCGGGACAGCAGUGUGUGAGCCCAAAGCCGAGUCGUCCGAGACAGCAGCCUGUGUGCUGUCAGAUGAAGAGAAGGAGCCAGGAGCAGCACGGGCUCGUGCCAUUGAGGGUCCCCUCACUGUGGACUCAGAUGAUGAGGUGCUACCUUCACAGGGUGGGUCAUUGGCUGUUGACCACAUGGAGACCCAGGCUUUUGUGGUGGAUACCCAAGUGAUGUUGGAUCCCAUCCUUGCUGAGGAGAAGCGACAGUUGGACUCCCCAGCCUCGAACAGUGUUGCUCGUGAACUUUUCCCUGACGGGGAUAAGCCACAUGACAAGCCCAGCUCUGAGCCCAGUGACAUGCUGGCGACAUCCGAGUUGCCCGUACCGGUGACCGACCCCGCACCGUCAACUCCGCCUGCAAGCUCAGAGUUCAUGGAGUUUUCCCCCCCGCAGGUCAUUACUCGGGGAGAUCAACUUGCCUUGAAGAACAACCGGAAGGCUGAUAAUGGUGAGGAGGGAACGAAGAAGAGGGGAAGGCCAGCCAAGGCAAAAGCCUCAAGCAAGAAGGUGCCUGAGGCUUCGGAAGAGUUGCCUGUGAAAGCACCCAAGGCCAAAGCCUCUGCUAAGAGAGCACCCAAGGCCAAAGCCUCGAGCAAGAAGGAGCCUGAGGUUUCAGAGGAGUUGCCUGUGAAAGCACCCAAGGCCAAAGCCUCUAAGAAAGCACCCAAGGCCAAAGCCUCGAGCAACAAGGAGCCAGAGGUCCCGGAGGCUUCCCAGCGUGAGAGGGCAUCCUCGUCCAAGGAUAUCCCGGUGAUGGUGCCUGCCAAACGGGCCAGGGCACUCGAGAAUGAUGCUGAGGUGAUGGAGGCUCACGCUCCCAAGAAGUGCAAGCGUGUCUUGAAAAAGGGCCGAAAGGGCAAGAAGGGCAAAGGUGGGAAGAAGCGUCCCGCAAUGAUGGCCUUUCCUGUGCCAGAAGAAGCAGGCGAUAAUGACGGCCCCACCUAUUCGGAGCCGGUUGUUACAGGUGGCAGGCCCUCGCUGAAGGUUUUUCCUUUGCGUGAGCAUGAUGGCACUGUGGAGAGUGUCGUGACGCCCUUGGCGCGACGCAGUAUCCGCAGGAAGAGAGUGGCUGUGGCUGAGCCAGAGCCAGCAGAGGAUGUGGCUGAUCCGGAGCCAGCAGAGCAUGAGCCGGAGCCAGUAGAGGAGGAGCCAGCGGAGCCCGAUGCCCCGAAAGAGGAGGUUGACAUGCCGAAUGUGUUCGCUGGUCGGAGGUGCCCGAAAACUGUGGGCGCCAAAGGCUGGCUGGUCUGGCAGCACAUUGUCAAGUCCUUUGUGGAGUGCAUUGACCCAAACCUCCCAGAACGCUCCCGCACCAAGCACGAGUAUGACUACUGGAAGACGGCCAAGACCGCCUUCGAUGAGGAUGAUUCCGUGGUCUCUGAAGGAGACUUCAAGUCGUUCUUCUUGGUACAAGCUGAGGUGUAUGUCCAAGAGAAGGUGAUUCCUCCCAUCCAGGUCAUCUUGGAGUCGCACGAUGGCAUCCAAACGAAAGCGAGGAUCUAUCCAGCUGGCCUGGGCAUGAGACUGCUCCAGAUCUUCAAGUUUCUGAAGACCAGCAUGGCACCAUGCAACAUUCGGGGUGAAGGGGAUGCUCUUGAGAUGUUUCGGUGUGCAACCUACGAGGAUGAGUGCUCUGAUGCACUGCUUCAGGAGGUGCCAGGUGCCAUGGAUCCUGUGGCAGUCAAGCUGGCGCGGGCAUUGCUCUCCCGAGCAUGGAGUGGCCAGCAGGAGCCCGAGGAACCUGUGGAGCAGGAUGAACGCGAGAAGCUGCUUGAGCUGUUACAGUCCCAAGCAAAGCUCAUCGAGCAACUUCGUGGGGGAGCUUCUUCCUCUAAUCUUUGCAAGACCCCUGAUGCAAAGCGCAACAGCAACCGGUCUCCCCGAUGCCGCUUGAGAACCAAGACACCUUCUCCGAAUGCCAAGAACAAAACCCCUAGCCCCUUGAAGAAGAAUCCCAGCCCGUCGAAGAAGCAUCCCAGCCCAUCGAAGAAGGAUCCCAGCCCAUCGAAGAAGGAUCCCAGCCCAUCGAAGAAGGAUCCUAGCCCGGUGAAGAAGGAUCAGCCUGUCUCCAGACAAACGACGGCUCCGAAGGACAUACCUGAUGAGGACGAUGCCAAGUUCUGGAACCGCAUGCGGUCGAAGGUGAAUCGCUUUUGUGGUGCCACGACCUCAGGGAAGCUACAGGUCAGCGAUGACAUUCAUGCUAUGUGGAAAAAAGCUGGAGCAUCUCGAGAUGUCCUAGUCUCCCUUAUGGCAGAGGCGAAUGGGGAUAGGGGCGACUUCGUUCGGAAAGUGGAAGUCUACAAGGAAUCCCAAAAGUUUCGCAGGCAGGUUACCGAUGGAGGAUUCUAUUCCGAGAGGGAGAUGGCUGUCAAGGUGAGUGAAGGAGGAAUCGUCGGGGUGGCGGAUGCAAACCCUUCCCUCAAGCGGAUCAACAAGUACGACGGGGAGACGGAAUACUGGGUCGACACAAGGGACAAGCUGAACAAGUUCAUGGAGCGCUUGGAUACGACUGAUGCAUCGGUGAUCAAGGCUCUUGGAAACCUUUAUGAUGAGCUUGCAAAACUGCAAGCUGAUGCAAAGGUCCAGGACUUGACAGGUCCGCAGCACGAGGAGUACACCAGAGUGUGUGAAUCCGUCAAGCGGCAGAUGAUUAUGGCGACAUCUUUGGAGAUCAAGAACAAGAAGCUGAAGAAGAAGCCGGGGAAGCCCAGCACGAAGCGCGAGACGGGAGAGCAGGAGCCCGAAGAAGCCGAAGCCAACCCCAAAAAGAAGCUGAAAAGGGCCAAGAGUAAGGAUUGUGUUGAGAAGCUACGGAGGGAUACUGGUGGAGAGUCUUUGGCGAUUUUCAAGAUCGGAAUAACCCAUGACUGCAUACCUCGCUUUCAGCUCUACGAGAGCAAUGGCUACACGAAGAUGCUUGUUAUGCACUCGAGCAAUGACUUGGCCACGAUCGAGAUGUUAGAAAGUGCCCUCAUCGCUAUCUAUCGGGACAAGGUUCAAUGUCGCAAUGUCCAGCUGGGUGGGGAGGGAAUGCGCAAUCGAUACUUCGAAGCAAAGUUCGCCUCUGCGAAGCACGUGGCCACCAUUGCCAAGGCCUUUGCGACCGAGGCUCCUCACGACUUCAAGAGUUCUGGUGCAACUACAAACACGAGGACGUAUCGUCGGGACGAGCUAAUGGUAGUGGCUUUCCAGCCCAUUUUGGGCCUGGGCACUCGCAAGUCCAAUCCACUGAUGCUGAGAACUGGCAAACCUGGAGUCAAUCUUCAAGGGCACUCAUUUACGACGAGAUUUUUAACUGGAGUGAUGCCGAAAGGUGUUUAUAAAGACCACCCCGAACGAUUCGACGAGUUUAUUACGGAAACCAUGAAGGACUUCGAACAGCUUUAUUACCAUGGCUACGAUAUUGGGGGCGGUCGGAAUCUCCGCUUUAUUGUACUGGGCAUAAAGGGGGAUCUCCCAUUUUUGUCGAAGGCUGGGCACCUCAACCGGACCUUCCUCAACAUUAGGAAGGGUCCGGUGGGACCCAAGAGCAAACCGCUCUCUGGAUGCUGUUGGCUCUGCCACGCUGGAUCGGAGGCUUAUGAUUUCGAAGACCUGAGCUCCGAGCCCAAGUGGCUCGAAACUUGUGGCUCGGAGAAUCCUCCGCCUUGGGAUGCGCUGCCGCCUUUUUUUGAACAUGUGCCACACGUCACUUUGGACAAAGCCUCGUUUUUUACAUUGGACGUUUUGCACAUCUACCACCUGGGCAUUGGGCGUGACUAUGCUGGCAGUGCCUUGGUUCUGGCACUUCGUGUCUAUGGCAUGGAUUCGGUUCCAGAAGCGCUGGAUGCCCUGAACGUUGAUUUUCAACAGUUUCUCAAAGGCUCGCGGAAGCAGGUGCAUUUCAAAAAGCUCACACGGGACAUGUUGGGCUAUUCGGCAGACACUGCCUACCCAGUUGGCCACUGGAGUAAAGCAUCUGAUACUCCUGUCCUCAUCGAGUUUGCAAGCUGGGUGCUGCAGAAGAACAAAGAGAUGUAUGACAGGACAAAGAUCUUUCAGGUGGUGGUCAGUGGGGCUACAGCCAUCGCGCGUUUCAUGAAGGUUCUGCUGGAGACAUCAUUAUGGAUGUCAGCGAAUGAAGCAGUGGCUGCAGGAAAUGCGGGGCUUCACUUUCUCCGCUGUUAUCAAAAAGCGGCGGAGUUGUCAUAUCAGGCAAAAGCCCUUCGAUUCAACAUGACACCGAAAUUGCAUUGUUUUCAUCACGUCAGCCUUGGAUUGAUUCUGACCGCCCGGCGAUGCGACAACGUACUCAACCCGCUGAGCCGGGCCACUUUUCAGGGUGAAGACUACAUUGGAAGAGUGUCGCGAUUGAGCCGGAGAAUAUCACCGCGUCUUCUUUGUUUGCGCACGAUACAGCGGUAUCUCAUAGCCACCCGUGUGGAACUGGACAAAGACCGACGAUAA